UCUAUUUGUCGGUCUCCGUCUUUCUCUGCAACAGGCACAACUUCCUCCUCUGAAUCUCUUCACUAGUCAAGACAGGUCUGUGGAUGUUUAUACAUCCCUCAGUUCUUGGGAAUGACGUUGACGUUGGAGUUACCGGAGCAAUGAUGAAGGCUAUAACUACAAUCUUCUCCUUUUUCAUCCUAAUCCAAAUUGAGGCAGCAAAAGCCGAAGGAAAUGCUACAGAUCAUGUCGAAGAACUGGAGCUGGAGAAUGAAGUGAAGCUGCCACUGGUGGUGAAGACGACUUUUCACAUGCAUUUAGAAGGCAGUCUCUUAGAAGAUACCUGUCUUAUCAAACCAUUUCAACCAGACACUCUAGACAUGUGCAACUACAACACAAGCAACCCUCUGGUCAUCAUUAUUCAUGGCUGGACGAUGAAUGGAAAAAUGGAAGAAUGGGUGUUCAAGCUUGCCUCAGCACUCAAGACCAGACUAGAACAUUUGAAUGUGCUGAUCAUUGACUGGAGACCUCUGGCUUUCCAGCCGUAUCCAACUGCAGCUAAAAACGCAAGGCAGGUGGGCCUGGAUGUUGCAAAUCUCCUGAUGUGGCUAGAGGAAACCAUGCAGCUCUCCAUGGAUAAGGUGCACCUGAUUGGUUACAGUUUAGGAGCACAUGCGGCUGGAUUUGCAGGAAGCCAUUUUCCAAAAGCUAAAAAGCUGGGCCGCAUAACAGGUCUGGAUCCUGCAGGUCCCAAUUUUGAGGGAGUUCCUGCGCCUGACAGGUUGUCUCCUGACGAUGCCAAGUUUGUAGAUGCCAUCCACACCUUUGCGAAGUCCAGCAUUGGGAUAGCAGUGGGAAUCCGGCAGACUGUUGGACAUGCCGACUUCUAUCCAAACGGAGGCUACUUCCAGCCUGGCUGUCACAUGACAGAUAUAUAUAACAAUGUUUACCAGUAUGGCCUGGAAGGUGUACCGAAGACUAUCAAAUGUGCUCACCAGCGAGCUAUCCACCUCUUCAUUGACUCACUGUUGAAACAGGACCAAGAGAUGAUAGCUUAUCGCUGUCGAGAUGACCGUGCAUUUGACCAAGGCUUGUGUCUGGACUGCAGAAAGGAUCGAUGUAAUACUUUGGGCUAUGAUGUUAGAAAGGUGCACACUGGAGGGAAUAGCAAAGGCCUUUAUCUGAAGACUGGUCCUCAAACACCAUUUAAGGUCUAUCACUACCAGAUUAAGAUCCUGGUGAUGAACCUGAUCGAGCGAGUCAAAGACUCCGUCUCCAUCGCUCUUACUGGAAGUGAAGGAGAGAGUCAGUAUUUCCCUAUUACUCUGUCUCUGGAGCAUCCUGAGAACAAGACGUAUUCAUCUUUGGUUGCAGUUGGCUCAAUGCUGGGGGAGCUGCGAGCAGUGCGUCUGCGCUGGACAGGAAAGGAGGACUGGAGCAGCUGGUGGAGACGAGUCACGACCAUGAUGAGCCGCGGCGGUGGCGCUAACGAAACGGAGCUCAUCGUGUCCAAAAUACGACUCAAAUGCGGCGAGAGCCAAGAGAAGAAAUGGUUCUGUGGUCAGACAGCAGCGGUCACACACCUCAAACCCUCACAAGAGCACGAGUUUGCCCGUUGUCAGCAUGCUAGCAAAAAGAAGAGGAGCAGCAGGCAUCUUCAAGAGACCAUACGUGGACAGCAACUCGCCAAGCCUUCACACCGAAUUAAAACAGAUCAAUUUGAAACAGAUUAAAAAGAAAUGCUUGCAUGUUACAUGUCGUCAUUUCGAUUGACCAUUUUUAUUAAUGCAUUUCAAGUACUCAAAAUUACAUCUCUUUGCACAAUACGUUUUGAAAUGUUAAGUAAAAAUGUUCAAAGUGAACAAAAAUUUAGGUACUGUAUAAAACACAGUUAACAUUAACAGACAGUAGUAUUUUUUUUUUGUUUGCUUCUAACUUUUGUGAUCUUUCUGCCUAUACCACCUACAAAUAAUUUUUCGACUCGAUUCAGACAAUUUCAGUGCAUUUUUUUUUCCCUAUAAAGUUUCACCAAGACUACACAAAAUAAAAAAACCAGUAAAAGAAAUGUCAGACACAGGCAGAUAAUUCCUCCUCUAUCCAAUGUCACACCACAUGAGAAACAGACAAAAAAAAAAAAAAAGAA